GUGAGCGGCAGUUCCAUCAUUGCUGGGGGAGAGACUGGGCAGGAGAGAUCAACAGGAGUUGGCUGUAGAGCUGGUGGGUUGUUUUUUUUUUUUGGCUGCAGUAAGUACGUCUUCAUCAGAGAAGAUGUGAAUACUAUUAAAACAUCUAAAUGAAGGAAGGAUUCGUGAUGGGAUUUCCAGAGCACUCUGUGCUGGCUUCAUUCCCACCCAGUGAAGUCAAUGGGAGAACUAGCCUAUGGGGAUGCUGCUGGGGCCAGGGAUGGGGCCGGCAUGGCUGCACGGGUUGCCUUGCUGCUGGGGGUGCUGCUAGUGACCCACCGCACCGGGGAUGCAGCAAUCCUGGAAGCCAACGGCAACCUGAGCUGCCGCUGUGCCAAGACCACCAGGGCCUUCAUCCCCCCAUGGAAAUACAGCAGCAUUGAGGUCCGGCCGGUUGGGAGCAGCUGCCGGCGACUUGAGGUGGUGAUUAAGCUGAGAGGUCAGGAGAGGGUCUGUGUGGAUCCUGACACCCCUUGGGUGAAGAAACUCCUGCAGGACCUCCCUAAACUGAGGAAGAAAGAGGCUCCCCACUGAGGAAGCUGCCACCGGCGGGACGGCCAGAUGUGCAGGGCAUGAAACAGAUUCCCCCCCAUCCCGCUGUCGCCUUGCCCUGCUGUGGAGAGGAGCAUGAGGCUUCGUGAUACCCUCAGUCUCUUUUUCCUCUGCAUUUUAUGUGUUUAAGCCCUUGAAAAUGCCAGUCCCCACUUCCCUGUCCUCCCACCCCCUGUUCAUGUACUGGGUGUCCCCUUUGGGCACAAUCUUAACACGUCCAAUAAAGGUGGCAGCGCUC